UUUCUCUCGUCCUACUAGUCUUGAAUCUCGCCGCCGUUCCGUUAGAAAAGAAGAAGAAAGAUGGGAGUAUUCACAUUCGUUUGCAAAAGCAAAGGCGGAGAAUGGACCGCUAAGCAACACGAGGGAGACCUCGAAGCCUCCGCUUCUUCCACCUACGAUCUUCAGCGCAAGCUUGUUCAGGCUGCUCUCUCCGCCGAUUCCUCCGGUGGCGUUCAGUCUUCCUUCUCUCUCGUCUGCCCUACCUCCGCCGUCUGCCAGGUGAUCAUUGGCGGUGGUUCUGGAGGAGGAUUUGCUGCCGGAGGUGGUGCAGCGGCUGGAGGAGGUGGUGGUGGUGAGUCCGCCGCGGCUGCUAAGGAGGAAGAGAAGAAGAAGGAAGAAUCUGAAGAGGAGGAAGGCGACUUUGGAUUUGAUCUCUUUGGUUAAGACACAGAGAGAGAAAAAAACAUAAAAACUCUUUCCAAGGUGUUGUAGCUUCUGAGGUUUUUGAUCUCAGAUUAUUUAUUUUUCUUUCUCUGUUUUUCAUUUUAAAACGGUUUUGAGGUUGUGCUCUAUGAUUAUGCAAUGUCAGAAAUGUAUGUUUUGUUUCUGGUUA